AUGUUCAGGUCUGGCAUGAGGGAGGCAACAGAGAGCAGCCUGGUCUUGAAGGGUAUCCCCGUCCCCGUGUUUGAACUGGUUCUCAAGGCCAUCUACUCCGGUCUUGAUGUCCUGACGUUAGAAAAUUUUAUCGACGUUUGGCAGGCUGUCCACCAGCUACAGAUUGACUUCAUGAUCAAAUCCUGCCAACAUUUCGCCAUCCAAUCCAUAUCAAUCAACAUGUGGGAGGAAAUUUAUCGAAACGCCAAGCUUUUAAACUCCAAAUGUGUUUCAGAUGAGGUAAAUUCUUUCCUGUUGAAAAACUUUGAUGCUGUUUGCAUCGCUCCCACAUUUCUAGAGUUUCCGUACCACGAACUUUGUGAACUGCUUCAAAGCCAAGAACUUGUGGUCACGAGAGAAGAUUUAGUCCUGAGUUCUGUAAUGAGGUGGGUCGAGGGCGGCUCUCAAUUAAACCAAUGUAAAGAGACAUCGGUCGAAGAAGGAGAAGAAAAAGAAAUUGAAUCUGAGGAAAAAUUAUCCUUGAGGGUCCAGGACAGCACUGACCAGACUGUUGGACAGGCGGACCAAACAGCCGGCGACAGGCUGUCCAGACAGGAUAAACUAACAGCACUGCUAAGUCUGGUCAGAAUGUGCCUAGUGAGUCCUAGAGCCCUCACACGGGUUCUCAAACUGCGACUGAUCUCAGAAAACAGGGACGCCAGAGAGAUCAUUGUUAACGCUUUCUCCUACCAUGUCCUAGACUACAGACAUGGCCAGUGGUCAUCUAGCGCUAUACAACGAUUAUGUAGCGGAUAUACCCACUUUGGCGUAAAAGCACGGAGUAAUGGUACUUUUGAUUUUUUGGGGGCGGAUAAUGAAAAAUGGCAUACGUGUUCAACCAGCGAUUAUCUACAGCGUGAUGUUAAAAUUGUUAACUUUGAUAAUGAGCUUUAUGCUAUUGGAAUGCAGAACGCUAAUUACCCAAAUGGGCCGUGUCAAAUGCUGGUGUUGUGUGAAAAUACCUGGGCUAUAGUUCUACAAAUGCCAAGCAAGGACCUGCUUUUGGUUUCACACGGCCAUUUUAUUUACAUCAUAAACAAGAGCAAUAAAACAAUAUAUUGCGUCAAACCGAAACUGAAAACUCCGAGACUGUUAAAAUAUAUAGACUGCCCAGAAACUGUCGCCAAUGUCAGCCACGCUAUGGCCAUCGAAAACUUUCUCUUAGUCUUCUGCUCGAUCACCCACAACGAAGUGGACGAGACGGCUGUCCACAUGCUGGACAUCAGCACCAAAGUCUGGAGCAGGCUGGACAACUUGGAGGGACCUGCAGAACAUUUGGUCAGUUUUAGAGAUGAUAAAAACAGCUACAUCCUGCAAACUAGCGGCAGUCUAUGGAAGCUAGUAGUCUCAGCCUGCUAUCAGAGAGUUGAAUUCAAAUGUAUUGCACAACUUUGGAAUUUCAAGAAAAGGUUAAAUGGUGCCCUGACCUACGGUGGGAAGCUCCUCAUACACGGGAAUGACCCCAGCAAGGAUCCCGCUGACCAGCCAAAACUGAAGAAAGUUCCAGAAUAUUUUAAAACUAUUGUUUAUCGUGGAACUGAAGACAUGUGUUCUAAUUUUAUCCCGAUCACUCUCCCCAACAGGGCUGUCCUACCCGAUGGGUAA